CUCUCUUUCGCUUCCUCUCUCCUCUCUCUCGGUUUUCAGUUCUUGCAGCUUCGACUCUCUUACCUUCUUAAUAUCACACAUUUCACCUCCUCUUAUUUGUAUUGUUAUUUAGAUUGAAGACGUGAAGGGAUAAAAAGGGAGGGGAAAUUUGGGUUUUUGGUUUAGAUUUUGAAAACUUGAAGGGAAAGGGAGAAAAACGGUAGGAGAGUUGUUAAGACUGAAUUAUCAAAGAAUGGUUUUUGAGAGCCACUUUUGAAUAGUAAGCUAAAUUGAAAUUGUUGUACUAAAGGAAAUUGUGUGUGAAGGAUUUGGUUUGGAUUUUAUUGUGUUGGAGAAAUGGAUGGGAUUAUGGACUUAUGAUUGCAAGUCGAGGCCAAUGGGGCAAAUGUGGUUGAUUUCUUAAUUUUUUUCACUUUGUUUAUUUAUCUUUUUUUUUUUUUGUUUAAAUUCUCUGUUGAGAUACUUUUUUUAACGAAAUGCAGCAAGUCCAUCGAAAAAAGGUGGGUUUUUUUUUUCUUUUCAAUGACUGACUUUUUUAAUCCUUCUGGAGUUUAUUUUCAACAUCCUUUAUCUGAUUGAUUGAUUGAUUGAUUGAUGAUUAAUUAUUUUUUUCAUUGAAAUUCAGCUGCGAGUGAUGAUGUUGGGUUGUUUGGUAAGAACAUGAAAUAUGGGGAUUUGAUUUCCUUAGCUUUAUCCUUUUUUGUGCUUUGAUUUUUUAGAUAUGGCAUGGUGUUGUUCAUCUCAUCCCUUUGGGAUUUGAUCCCUGCUCAUAGGAAUGCGACACAUUUAAUGAUCAGUCGAUUACUUUUUCUUUUUCAUAGAGCACCCGUUGCUAAUGAUUAGUUAAUGUUGUCUGCGGUAGAUACUUGAUUAUAUAUAUAUAUAUAUGUAACUAUAUUAUAUAAUGAAAGUUACUUUAACCCAAUAAAGUUGUCUUCUUUCCUAACCUGUUUGCUAAGUUGGUAAUCUGAAACUUUGCUUAGUUAUAAAGGAAUAAUAUUAUUAUCUGCUCAAUUAUGAAUUUUUGUUUUCCAUAUUGAAGAUUAGUUUUUGCCUCUGCAGUUUUGGAGAUAAUUGUUUAGCUUAUGAAUUUAAAAGUCUUCAUGAUGUUAUUAGAAGUGCUGACUGUUGGGAAUCAUUUUGGUUUUUGUUUUGGUUGCACUCUGUUAUAUACUGAUGAAUUUAACAUGGAUUGUUUUAUUGAUGCCAUUUCUGUGUUUUUUUUUUUUCAUCUUUUUGUCCUUUUCUAUUUGUUGUUGAUCUUUGUUUUCAAUUAAAUGGAGUACUUUCAUUAGUAAUGAAUACGAAUGGCUUAAGGUGUAUAAACCUGUGGACAUGUAUGAGGUCAUGCUAUAUCGAGCUACAUGCCGCUGCAGUUGUUGAAGAAAAUAUGCUUGGCAAUCUUGUCUUAACCUGCAUUUUUGCGCCACAGAGUUCAACGGAGAUGGAAUUUUUCUCAGAAUAUGGUGAUGCCAAUAGAUAUAAGAUUCAAGAAGUUAUAGGAAAAGGCAGUUAUGGAGUUGUGUGCUCAGCGAUCGACACACAUACUGGUCAGAAAGUGGCGAUAAAGAAAAUACAUGAUAUUUUUGAGCAUCUUUCUGAUGCUGCUCGAAUUCUUCGUGAGAUAAAGCUGCUUAGACUUCUUCGGCAUCCUGAUAUUGUAGAGAUCAAACACAUUAUGUUGCCUCCUUCACAAAGGGACUUCAAAGAUAUUUAUGUUGUUUUCGAGCUCAUGGAGUCAGAUCUUCAUAAAGUUAUUAAAGCUAAUGACGACUUGACUAGAGAACACUACCAGUUUUUUCUUUACCAGCUACUUCGUGCUUUGAAGUAUAUCCAUACUGCUAAUGUCUACCAUCGAGAUUUAAAACCAAAGAAUAUUUUGGCCAAUGCAAACUGCAAACUUAAGAUAUGUGAUUUUGGUUUAGCUAGAGUUGCAUUCAAUGAUACACCAACAACGAUAUUCUGGACGGAUUAUGUUGCUACAAGAUGGUAUAGAGCUCCAGAGCUCUGUGGAUCCUUUUUCUCUAAGUACACACCUGCAAUUGACAUAUGGAGUAUAGGGUGCAUCUUUGCGGAGGUAUUGAGUGGGAAACCACUUUUUCCUGGGAAAAAUGUUGUCCACCAACUGGAUUUGAUGACUGAUUUGCUUGGUACGCCUUCAUUAGAUACCAUCUCUCGGGUUCGAAAUGAGAAGGCAAGAAGAUACUUAACAAGCAUGACAAAAAAGCUACCGGUUCCAUUUGAACAAAAAUUUCCAAAUGUAGAUCCCUUGGCCUUACGUCUGCUGCAAAGGUUGCUUGCCUUUGAUCCAAAAUUCCGGCCAAAUGCAGAAGAGGCUCUUGCUGAUCCUUACUUUAAGGGACUGGCUAAAGUUGAGAGGGAGCCUUCUUGUCAACCAAUUACAAAGAUGGAGUUCGAAUUUGAGAGGCGAAGGGUCACGAAGGAGGAUAUACGGGAGCUAAUAUUCUGCGAGAUACUAGAAUAUCAUCCUGAGCUGCUCAAAGACUAUAAGAAUGGAACUGAGAGGACAAGCUUUCUCUAUCCAAGCGCGGUUGACCUAUUCAGGAAGCAAUUUGCACAUCUUGAGGAAAAUAGUGGUAAAAGUGGCCCAGUUAUUCCACUCGAAAGAAAGCAUGUCUCUCUUCCCAGGUCAACAAUUGUACAUUCUAAAACAAUAGCCCCCAAAGAGCAGCAAAGCAUCAAUUCCUUGAAAGAUAAGCAAAAUGUAGAUGAGGCAUCCAUCAACACGUCCAGGGAAACUGAAGCUAUUCCUCUACAUUUAUCAAGAACCUUGCAGGCACAACAAAGAAUCCCACUGGCCAAACCAGGGAAGGUAGUCGGUCUGGUUGUGCCUUAUGUGAACGGAACAAUCACGAAAGAUGCAUAUGAUCCAAGAACAUUCUUAAGAAGCGCAGUUCUUCCACCCCAGGCAGUCCACCCUGCAAUUUCUUAUUACAAAUCCAGCACUGGGAAAUUUGCACCAGAUAUAGCUAUCAACAUUGAUACGAACCCAUUUUUCAUGACCAGAGUGAAGAAGGUGGAAGCUGGUGAUGACAGAAAUACCAUUGAUACAAACUUGUUGCAGGCAAAAUCUCAUUAUGGUGGAGUAGGUGUUACUGCAGCAGCUGCCACUACUCGUGGGAAGUUUGGAACUGUUCAGUAUGGCAUGACAAGGAUGUAUUAGCCAAUGAUUGAGAAGCUUUGAAAGUAAUAGAUCCUUUUGCAAUGGCAUAGAGGGAAAACUACUGUAAAAGGGAGAGCUAGCUUUCUCAGGUAAAACAUAGGCUUUAAUCAAGCUUGGUAAAUGAGAAACUACAUGCCUAUCAUUUAAUUUUGUAAGAAAAAUAAUUCUCCAUCCAAUAAUAUUCUUGCUUUUUGUUUUUAAA